AUGUACUUCACAAACGCAGUAGUGGUAGCGACCUUGCUGCUGCUGUCGACGACACCCCAGCGACAGGUUAGCGCAGAGGUAGAAUGCUACUCCUGUAACGGUAAGGAGGAGUGUGAACAGAGUUUUGAUAAGAUGGACAAGUGUAAGGCCCCUUCUUCUUGCAUCAUAGACGCUCUGACAGAUAAGCAGUACGUAUUUAGAAGAAUGUGUAGUCAUGGUGAUGUGGAAGCAGACCAGUGCACGGAGGACCUGGGUAGAAUUCAGUACUGUGCGUGUCGUGGAAACCUCUGCAACAAGUACACAUAUGACGAGCUGUCAAAGAUUUUUGAAGACAAUGGAAUUAAUUACGAUGAAUAUGACGAAGUUAUCGAGUAA